AUGGAGCCGGGGGGAUCCAAGCAAGAUGGCGGAGUGGUAAACAUGACGAGGGCGAUGGCAGCUUUGUCCCCUUGGCUGAACCACCCAAGGAGGACCAUCAUCCAGGUGGAAGCUCUGGUGGUGGCGGCCGCUGUGCUGCUGCUUCUCCAGCUCAUCUUGGGCUCCUGCAUGCGGCGGUGGCAUAAAUCCAUCUUCAAUUAUGCCGUCCAGGCUUCCAAACUUAUGAACCCUCUGAUCAUCUACACCUUGGGCACCAUGCAGUCCUCCCCAAUCAAGAAUUCAUCAUAUCCCGUCUGGGCUGCUUUUCUCAUCAUGGCUUCAGUGGGCACGACCGCCGUACAGCAAUAUGAUUUCUGUGACAGCUUUUACAGCAAGUACAUGCAGGUUAUGGGCGACUAUUUUCGGGAUUUCUUUUACAUAUUUAUGACCAUUCUGCUACUGAGUCCAAAUCCUUAUACCUUCAAGGCAGCCUUCAACCUAAACCGGCGUCUGAAGAAUGCCAGAACAAGUUCACGAUGUGUCAUCUGUCUUUUGAUUAUCGUUUUCUAUACAAAGUUCAUUGGAUGCAUGAUUUUAGCAAUUUUGGGGUACAACUGGAAGGGGUAUUUUUUUUUCAAAAAUAAGAUGAAACUUGACUUGCAAGUUGCAGAGACGAGGACGGAGGAAACUGCAAAUGAUCGUGUGAGUGACUCUGGCCCUCAGAGCAUGAAGGGCUACAAGUAUGCAGUCUGUAGUCUUCCAAGUCAGCUCAUUACCAUUGAACAGAUAUGGGAUUGUUGUGGCAACUCAGCUUAUGGCAAAGCGUUGAAAGACCUGUGCCUAUCCUGUGCCUUGUUUCGGCGGCUCGUGGGACAGCGCUAUUUCGGGGUAGUCUACCGCGACACCAACCGUCUUAAAGACCACAAUUUUGUCUUCAAAAAAUUGUUGCCUUCUGAAGUGGAUUUCAAAAGAGCAUUCAGAAUUAUUGAGGUAGAGUUGGGUUUUUGCUAUGACUUCUUCUUCACAAAGUACUACUGUACCUUCACAUUGAUGAAUUUAUUUGCGGUGCCAUUCAUUCAACCUUUGACUUUAGUAAAGAUCAUUCUAAUUUUAAUCAUUGGAGUGUUUGCCAUCGGAAACUCACUGGUUCUUGAGACACCAAGUCCUAUCAUAGAAGUACCCAUUUCAGAAGAUGGUUACAUCAUCACUCUAGUAGUUCUUAGUAUAGCCCUCAUAGUGGAAAUAGUGCAGGCAGCCAUUUAUCUGGCUUCAAAUUGGGCCCAGGUAUCACUAGCCUGCAUUUAUGUCAAGAAAUAUUGGUGGCAACCAAAUGCAGUUGUUAUUGAAAAAGUCAAUGGUUUUUUCAGAAAGUUUAUGAUUUCUGGGGUGUUGAGAAAUGAGAUUGACCAGGACUCUAUUUUCCGACGGAAACAGCCACAACCCGUAGAGGUUUCUGAUGCAGUGAAGAGAGCUAUUGCUAGAUCGCUCAUAUCAAUUUAUGGCAACAAUCUAACUACCCAUGGAGAAACAUCACUAUGGCAGAACCCAAUGUUUGAAGACUAUUCCUGGGCACUCGAGGGCCUCUCUCAGGUGGAAGUCAUGUUAAUUUGGCACAUCGCAACUGAAUAUUGUGAUAUUUCUAGUCCUACUAGUAAUCGGACUACUCGAUGUCGAUGCAAUAAGCACCGAGGCUUUGCAACCAAUUUGUCUAGAUACUGUGCAGACUUGUUUGGAUAUGUGCUACAACUACUGCCAAACCAUAGAAGAAAUAGGAUUGUUCGAGAUAGUCACCAAGGUGUUGCAGUUCAUUUGUCUAGAUAUUGUGCAUACUUGAUACAAUCUGUCCCAAAACUGCUUCCGUACCACGAGGCGGAUAUAGCAGAGUUGGUAGAAAAGGUGAUGGAAGAACGUAACAAGCUUUUUGGAUCCGACUACUUUAGACCUUCUAAGAUAUAUAAUAAAAUGAAGAAUUUACAAGGAGAUGACAAUGAGACGAUGUUCCAAAAAGGUGUGAAGCUCGGUAAUCAGCUGGAGAGGCUGCCGGAUGGGGAUCAUCGCUGGGAGGUGCUGAAAGAUUUCUGGGCCGAGACAAUCAUCCAUGCCGCUGCCUCGCACUACACCACCAUGCAACACAUGCAACAUCUUGAAAAUGGCGGGGAGUUCCUCACCCAUAUCUGGGCUCUGCUUUCUCAUGCUGGCAUUCUGACAGGGACAAGGAUCAGGAGGGGGUAA